UAAGUUUCCCAAAUCGGCUGACCGAGUUUUCACUUGCUAGGCCAAGGCAAAUUUGAGUUCUCUUACCGCGCAAACGGGAGAUUUCUUGGAACUUGGACUUGGAGCACGAAGAGGAUUCUAAUUUCUUUAAAGCUCUGUUUUCAGGAAAUUUUUCUGAGAACUUUUUACCUCCAGAGGAUCAGUGGAAUUUGAUCUGAAGGCUGGCCAUGACAUCGCAAGGCCAAAGUUUGAAUUCCACUUUAGAUGAUAACUGUCAAGUGGAUUUUCGAGGGACACUUCUGACUAUUAAUUCGUACCUGGGGGAUCAAGACGUGGAGCACCUGAAGUUCCUCUGCCGAGACUCCAUCACCCCCAAGAACCUGGAGAAGUGCGGCUCAGCCUUGGAUAUCUUUGAGUACCUGUUGGCAGAGGAAUGGCUGACUGAGGAAGACCCCUUCUUCCUAGCGGAGCUCCUCUACACCAUCAAGCAGAAGGUCCUCCUUCGGCACCUCCGCUACACCAAGGAGCAGGUGGAGAACUGGCUGCCUGUCCGCCGGAAGGUCUCUCUGUUCAGAAACCUGCUCUAUGAACUGUCAGAAGACAUCAGCUCAGAGAACUUAAAGAGCAUGAUCUUCCUUCUGAGGGAGUCGAUUCCAAAAGUCCAGAUGACCUCUCUAAGUUUCCUGGCAUAUCUGGAGAAACAAGAGAAAAUAGAUGAAGAUAAUCUGACAUUACUGGAGGAUCUCUGCAAAAAAAUUGUACCUAAUCUUAUGAGAAAGAUAGACAAAUAUAAAAGAGAGAAAGCCUCCCAGGUACGGGCACCUCCUGUAGCCAAGGAAACUGAGUCAUUGCAUCAAGGAGAGAAAGAACUAUUUUGCCACUCGGACAUUAAGCAAUUGCUUGGAGCCUUGCCGGAGGUGUCCUGGCAAGAUGAGCAUGCACAGAGUAAUGGUGACAGAGCAACCCCGGUCUCCCUGGAGAUGUUGGGAUCAUCUGUUGACACUCUAACUUCUGAAACCAGCACAAAGGAGACAGCUGUGUACAGGAUGGAUCGGAAACACAGAGGGUAUUGUGUUGUUGUCAAUAAUCACAGUUUUACCUCACUGUCAAAAAGACCAGGGACCAAUAAAGAUGCUGAGUGCCUGAGGCGCGUGUUUCAGUGGCUUGGGUUCAGGGUGCAUAUUUAUGUCAAUGUGACUAAAGGCCACCUAGAGGAGGUUCUGCAGUAUUUUCGGACUCAUCCAGGCCAUGCUGAUGGAGACUGCUUUGUGUUCUGUGUUCUGACCCAUGGGAAAUUUGGAGCUGUCUACUCUUCUGAUGGGAACCUCAUUCCCAUCCGGCAGAUCAUGUCUCACUUCACGGCCCAGCAGUGUCCCGCUCUGGCUCACAAACCCAAACUCUUUUUCAUCCAGGCCUGUCAAGGUGAAGAAAUACAACCUUCCGUAUCCAUUGAAGCAGAUGCAGUAAAUCCUGAGCACGUGCCCCCUUCCCUUCAAGACAGUAUUCCCGUUGAGGCGGAUUUCCUUCUUGGCCUGGCCACUGUCCCCGGCUACGUGUCCUUUCGGCACGUGGAGGAAGGUAGCUGGUAUAUCCAGUCUCUGUAUAAUCAUCUGAAGGACUUGGUCCCAAGACAGGAAGAUAUCUUAUCCAUUCUCACUGCUGUCAACGAUGAUGUGAGUCGACAAGUGGACAAACACGGAACAAAAAAACAGAUGCCUCAGCCUGCUUUCACACUACGUAAAAAAGUAGUAUUCCCUGUGCCACAGGAAGAACUUUUACUAUAGUAGAAAGUUUUGAUUGAUGCUUAAACUUGAAACGACCCUUUGGGCAUCGCUUCCAACCUCCCACCCGUCAUAGAAAUCAGUGACAGGUAGUGAGCUGGCCUCCACCUGUCUUUCUAGUAGAAGAACAUGCCCUAUUUUCUGACACAACAAAAUCUGUUUGUUUUUUUUGUUUGUUUGUUUUGGAUAAGUCUAAAUGGUAGAAAACUUUCUUUGUUGAAGCCUUGGACUGUAGUCUUGAAUUUAGUUGUGCACCCCGAGAUAAAAGUGAUUAGCCUCGGUUUAUGCAUCUGUGAAGUAAAACGUGUAUUUUAAGGUUCCUUUUAGCUCAGAACCACUGUUCGUGGCCUUCACUGCGCUUAGAUUUCCCUUCUGUAUAUGCUCACCCCUUGUUAUAAUUCUGUGUCCCCCCUGAAUGGUCUUGUUUUGGACACUGGAUAAUGAUGAGAUCAUGGUUCAAUGACCCUCUCCUUGUUCUCCCCUAAAAUUUGAUCUAUGCCACACCCAUUUCCUGCUUUAGUGUAAGGAAGGUGUUUCUGCAGGCAAUGUUUCUCUUGGGCCGGGAACAGGGUUGGCUCUCGGAAGAUGACAGCUCAGUGUGAAGACAGACACAUUCAGCUGCUCUGGGAGCACAAACUUUACAACCUUGUAUUAAAUUCCAUGUUGGUCACGACAUUUCAGACAUCGCUGACAGAACAACCACCUCACACUAACUAAAGCAAAAAAGAAAAUUGGUUGCUUCUUUCACCUGAAAACACGUGAACGCGGAGAGUGGCUUCAGGUGAGGCUUGAAUCAGGACUAAAUCUGCACACAGCAUCUCUCUUGGUCAGAGUCCUCAGGGUUGGCAGCUGACUGUAGUCAACAGCCCCUGCCUUAGCUCUAACACGCUCUGCUCCUCUGACCCAAAGUGAUGAAGAGAGAGGCGGCCUCAGGGACUGAAGAUUUUCACAGGGCUUGUUGCUCUCUCUGGCCAGGCUGUGUCUGGCUAUGCCUUCUGGAGGGGGAGGCUCUGUAUGGAAGCCUUGAUACUUUAAAAAUUAAGGUUGUCAACACUCCUAUGUACUGAACUUUUUUUUUUUAAUUUCAAGAGGAAUUUUUAAUUCUUGGAAGGAAUUAAACAUUAGUUCCUGGAAGGAGGGAGAUUGAAAGUCCUGUGGUUAAUGACUUCAUUUAUAGAUGAAGAAACUAAAGCCCAAGGAGACAGAGUGAUUUGCUACAACGUCCAGCCAGCUAUCGUUUACAGGAUUUUAUUUCCCACUUAACUGAACUGGAAUGUCAUGGGUCAUAACAGGACUUUAGGAACAUUUCUUGGAUAUGUAGGUGCUCAUGAAAGAUGUCAGGGAAUGAAGAAAAAAUAACUCAGUGAUGCUUGAUUUUAUAAUUAUUUUUAUGAAAGUCAGAUUAAUGUCUGGCAAAUUUGCAAUGAGAAACAUUCAUAAGAACCUUGUUAUAAUGUAGCUAGUAAUUACAUGGAUUUGAAUGUAGGUUGACCAAGGAAACAAAUCUCAUAUGUAUGUCAGGAUGAUCUUCCAAAAUCAUUGUUCUUACAAGUCAAAGCUAACAGCUGGGGGGUACCGUCUUUGUCCCAUUGGAUAUACACAGCUUUUGGCCAUUGAACAGUCCUUUGCUAGUUGAAGGAUGAUUUGGUACAAAGAAAAGAGCAAAGGGUCUGGAGAGAGAAGCCUUGGGUUUCUGUUGUAUUCUGUGAUUUCCUUGCUCUGAGACACUAAGUCAAGCUAGUUUUUUGAGCCUUAUCUAUAUAGUAGAGAAGUAUUAUCUGUUGGGAGGAUUAAGGUUUAAAUCUAAUUGUGGCGUGGUGCCUAUAAGGCCCAUGGUAGCAGCAUUCUGGUAGUAACCUUAAUAGAAAUAGCAGAGUUUGAGUUCCUUUGCAUCUAAUUCCUGCUGACUUUUAGCUUCAAAUCAACAGUAGCAACACCCACUGAUAUUCUCUGACUGAGGAACAACCAGGCCAGCUCUUGGUUCUGAGUCCAGCUGGGCAACACAGGUGAUGAAUUCUCCUGCGUCAGAAAUAUGUGGGGCUUGACGUUGAAGUCCUGGGCCUGUGGUCUAUUUUAUAUUUCUGUUUCACUGGAACUUAGUGCUUGUGUAGGGUUAAACUCUAGAAUCAGGAAACUUUCCAUGAACUUUCUUUACAGAGGCCUCCAGCAAGCAUGUGAGGAAUCACUAGACACGUAUGCCUGUGAGUCAUGGGUCUAUACAGACAGCAGGAGUGCAAUCGUUCUGGGCUUAUUUUUCCUAAAUGGAGCAUAUACACACUUGGCCCUUGUCUGUAUUUGUGUGUGUGUGUGUGAAUUUAGAGUCCAGAGACAAAAGGAAGUGAUUGAUCACAACCAUUUGGCAGUGCCUACGGCCGUUGUCUGUCCAGACAUUUAUGAUGAAAAUGGCAGAUGGAAUAAGCUUUCUGUAUAUUUUGCUUAGUUUUGUUCAAUCUACAAGAGCUGUAGUUAAUUUUUUCUUUUCUUUUCUCUUUAUCGCUCAAAAGUUUGGCUUCUACCAAACAAAAUGAAAGACAUGAAAACUUUUGAUAGAGUAUUAUGCAAAUAUUAGUUAUUUAAUAAUGAUACUACCGGUGUAUAGCAUUAUUAGGACUAUUAGUCACUAUAGCAUCCUACUGGCAUCUGCUUCAGGGACUCACCAUGGUGGUGGGCAGGUUUGAUAUCGUGGCAUUUCCCUUAGCAAUAUAAUUAUUCCCCCAGUACUCAGGUAAUUUAAACAUAUAUGCAACUAGUACAUUGUGGUUACUGACCAAUCAGACCAGACUGAUCAGUUUAACACAACAGUGAAUAGGCUGAGUGGCAGCUGAAGAUCAGUGAUCAAGUCUCCGCUGAGGUGAACCAAGUAGACGUUUACCUCAUUUUAUAGACGACUUGUGUGCCAUAUCAGAUUAACAAGGUUUUCCAGGUCGGAUACUUUCUGAGUGACAUAGUCAAGUUCUCAACCUGAAAUUCUUGGGCCCUUAGGUUUUUGUGGAUUUAUCUUCAGGGUCUGAGAGUCCUCCACCUUCAUUUUUAAAUGUUGUCAUUUUUAAAUGUUGUCAUUCCUUGUGGGGGGGUAAUCUUUAAAAAUUAAUACAAGUGCCCUUCAUUUUUAAAUGUUGUCAUUUUUAAAUGUUGUCAUUCCUUGUGGGGGUAAUCUUUAAAAAUUAAUACAAGUGCCCUUCUCUUCCGUAUGACCACCUCGUAUUUGAGUACCGCCACAUAACUUCUGUGCUCACAUCCGGGUGCCCACAGAAAGUGAUGAACUUUACAUUGCACUUUUAAAUGUAGCAUAGAUUAGGGUCCAUGGCUGGGGAUUCUCAGCUUAUUGUCAAGUGUCAGUGGUUAAUCUGUUAGAAACCUGCUCCAAUCCAUCCUCUCAACCCUAUAGACUCUACUUCACCAUCCCUCCCCUUAACUCUUCCAGCAGAGGGAACUCACACCACACACAGAGUCAUGGAUUUGAGAGACCCUGUGGUCCAGCCUUCAGAAUGUUAAACUUACCAAAGUUGCACAGCUGUUAGUGGAGGAUUUGCAAUCCUGUGUAUCUCUUGCUUUGCAAUCCUGCCAUCUGGUUUCACCUGCAGACAGCUUUAAUUAUCUUUUUCUCUGUUGGACUUGAAUUGCCGCCUUAGAAUGUACUUAGAACCACGGGUUCUAAACUCUGGAGACCUACCAAGCAAGGGUAACUAUCGUCUGGUGAGGUAUAUGUUGUAUGUGACAAGUUUUUUUUUAACUUUUUUCUGGUAGGGUCUGAGUCUUGUCAAAAGUCUGCAGUUUGCUCUUAAAGAUGUGGUAAAAAUAUAGUGAAAUAUUUGUAUCUUUAAACAGAAACUAAAUUUCUGAAAGUAGAACCCUUUUAAAAAAGCAAUAAGGGAAUUUCCUGUUUAAAGAAAGACCCAUUUGGCAAUACAAACAUUGUAUUUAACAUAACUUUUGCAUGUAUGAAAAUUUAAAAGAGGGUUUUUCUAUUAAAAUUUUUAGAUGAUAUUAAAUUUUACUGUUUAAAUUUAUUUUUGAAUAGGUGCUAUCUUUACGUUGUUCGAAGAUAAGAAAAUAUGAAAGGGUGUUCAAGAAAAGUCUCGCCCCCAUUUCUGUGCACUGCCUGCCCGGUCCUCUGUCCUCCUCAUCCCAUAGAUAAUUUCAGGGUUUCUUAGUGCAAAUGCAAAUACAACAAAGAACAAUAUAUGUGCAUUUUAAAAUAAGAAUUUCUUGAAACAAAGUAUAUAUUAUACACUGUGAAACUCACAUCUCUCACUUGGUCUUAUUUAAAAUGAUGCUGUAAGAUGCCUGGAAAUACUGGUACAAUUCUAGAAUGGGAUAACUUUAUGAGUUUUGUGGACUGAGUACUUGUAAAUAGUAGUAAUUGCCUUACAUAAAUAAAGACAUGUUUUUCCUUUUUA